CAAGCAAAAGCUGGUCAUUCCCUUCUUCACGCCCGAUCCAAACAUACCCUAAGUAAUUUCCCCCAAUAACGGCAUCAUUGCGGACCGGACAAGGCUGGUCACUUCUUCUAGUGUCUCCUUCACGGCCUAGAUGCCCUGAUUGCAGAGCGCUCCCCAAACCCCAAUAUUUAGCGCAACGUAUAAGCGACACCCUGCCUGUAGUUGAACGAACACAAAAUUCACUACCCACCACAUCGUUUCUUCAAAUCCACACGCCAAAUUCUGCUCGAUUAAUUGCCUUAAAGAGACGGAACUUUUGAGACCCCAAAUCUUCAAGGUCUCAGGUUCCAAGAAGCCCCAUAAUCUCAAGUCCAGAUUGAAAGGAGGGAAAGGAAUUUGCAGACCAGAAUGUCGGUGCAAGAAUAUCUCGACAAGCACAUGCUCUCCCGGAAAAUCGAGGACGCCGUCAAUGCCGCCGUCAGGGCCAAGACUCCCGAUCCCGUUCUUUUCAUCUCUAAUCACAUGAAGAAAGCGGUACCUUCGGUGAUCACUAAGGUUAAAGCCAGGCAGAUCCUCGACAGCAGGGGAAUUCCUACAGUGGAAGUCGAUCUUCACACCAAUAAAGGCGUUUUCCGUGCUUCUGCUCCUAGUGGCGCUACUUCUGGAAUGUAUGAAGCUAUUGAAUUACGUGAUGGAGACAAGGGAACAUAUCUUGGAAACAGUGUGCUAAGAGCUGUCAAGAAUAUAAAUGAGAAAAUAUCUGAAGCUUUGAUUGGUAUGGAUCCGACACUUCAGGCACAAAUUGAUCAGGCAAUGAUAGAUUUGGACAAGACAGAGAAGAAGGGUGAACUUGGUGCAAAUGCAAUUCUAGCUGUGUCAAUUGCUGCUUGCAAAGCUGGCGCUGCUGAAAAGGAGGUUCCACUUUACAAGCACAUAGCUGAUAUCUCUGGUAAAACCAACCUGGUUCUUCCUGUCCCUGCCUUCUCUUUGAUAAGUGGUGGGAAACAUGCUGGAAACAAUCUGGCUAUUCAGGAUAUUAUGAUUCUUCCUGUUGGAGCAAGAAAAUUUGAGGAGGCAAUGCAAAUGGGAUCUGAAACAUACCAUCAUUUGAAGGCUGUUAUUUUGGAAAGAUAUGGUGCGCAUGGAUGUAAUGUUGGUGAAGAUGGUGGUUUUGCUCCUAAUAUUUCUAGUGUUAGAGAAGGUUUGGAUCUUGUAAAAGAGGCCAUAAACAGAACAGGGUAUAAUGAGAAAAUAAAGAUUGCGAUUGACAUAUCUGCUACUGAAUUUUGCAUAGGUACUAAGUAUGACUUGGAUCAUAAAUCACCAAAUAAGUCAGGGCAAAACUUCAAGUCAGGGGAAGACAUGAUUGAAUUGUACAAAGAACUAUGUGCAGACUACCCUAUCGUAUCAAUUGAAGAUCCUUUUGACAAGGAGGACUGGGAGCAUGUCAAGUUUUUUUCCAGUCUUGGAAUUUGCCAGGUUGUUGGGGAUGACUUAUUGAUGUCUAAUCCAAAACGUAUUGAGAGAGCCACUCGGGAGUCUGCUUGCAAUGCUCUUCUUCUCAAGAUGAAUCUAUUAGGGACUGUGACCGAGGCCAUUGAAGUAGUGAAGAUGGCGAAGGAUGAACACUGGGGGGUGGUGGUUUCUCACAGGUGUGGUGAAACUGAAGAUUCUUUUAUAGCCGACCUGUCUGUUGGCCUAUCAUCAGGUCAGAUCAAAGCAGGUGCACCUUGCCGAGGAGAGCGGCUGGCAAAGUACAAUCAGUUGCUUAGAAUUGAAGAAGAGCUGGGUGAUCAAGCAGUCUAUGCUGGCGAUGAUUGGAAGGCGUCGUGAUCAUGCCGUUCUGUUAUUUUCCUUUCACUUCCAGUCACUUCCUGGCUUGUGGAGUCUUUUUGUUUCCUUCGGUUCAGCAUGAGUCUGAUGAGGCAGUGUUGGUCUGCACAACGAAAUGACAUUUAUCAACUUAGUAAAUCAGUGUUUCAUCCAAUUACGAGGAGACUUGAGAAUUGCAGGGAAUUUCCAAUGAGCGCUAACAGUGGCAAUUUGUAUUUUCUCCUCUAAAGAUUCCUGGGAUGUGUAAAAUGGUACCCGGAAUACCGUACAGUUUUGCUGCGUUUGAGCGUCGUCAACUUUUGUAGGCGGGAUUGAGGAUUGUAAUUGGAGGGUUUUGCUCAAAUACAUAAUUUGAACAAAAGAAUAUAAAAUGAGAGCAUUCCUUGCUA